AUGUCUAAGGGCUAUGCCGCUGGAAAGAAGAUGGUUGCUGAGAAGAAGGAUGGACCAGGGUGUUUCAAUUACAGAGACACUAGUCACUUUGCUAGGGGUUUAAAGUCCAAGAAAGUGGAUGUGAAAGAAGAUUACGAAGUGAAGUAUAAGAAGGUGUUGGCCUCUUUAAAGAUACAAAACAUUGAUGUGAAAGUUUUGGUAGCAGAACUGGAAAGAUGGGUGGAUGAUGAAGAAUCAUUCGAUGACGAUAAAGGAAAUGAUAAGUGUUUAACGGCACACACUGAUUCAUUUGUCACUGAUGAAGUAAGCAGCGACUUUAGUUCAUUCGAAGCUUGA